AUGGGGUACUUAUCCGAAGGACCUAUGCUCUGCACGAAGAAACACAACCAGGCGUGCGCCGAGAGGGACGAGGAGACGGUGCCCUCUAAAAAAGCCGGCUACGUCCUCGAGGAGCCCAUGGUCUACACGAAGAAACACAGACGCACGCACGCCGACACAACGUCCAAGAAAACCACGAGCUCGCCCACGAGGAAGAACGACCAAACUCCCGUCGAAAUACCAGCCUUCAAGAGAUGCCGCCGACCUUCAAGACCCGAAGACCGCGACCGGCAUCUCCUUCCUUUCCAGUCAUGGACCCUGAACCUCAGGCGACACGAGUACAACCGCAACCACCCGCUCUUCGAGACGCCCUCCCCGACGGAGCCGGAGCUGUUGUUCUGUUCCUUCUGCGGCGUCAUGCACCCCUCGGCGCUCUUCUCCGAGGAGGAGCGCGAGAAGGCGCACGGCGAGCGGAUGUGUCACGACGUCACGGGGUCCAUACGGGUGUGUAGUCACUUAUCGGUGCCUAUGGUUGAUGUUUGGAAGUGGUUCGACACGGGUCUCGCGCUCCGGCAAGCUGGGAAGGAGGACCGGAUAGAGCCCCUCGUCAGGGCUUGCGAGAGGUGUAGAGGAUUGUUGAACCUCGACGAAUUCGGCGCCGCUGUGAGAUUCGCCAGGCCGCCCAGCAUGACGGUUCACCCGCACGACACGGAGUGGUUCGAUGUCUUUUCGGAGGUGGAGGUCUCCUGGACCCUGCCCGUCUUCAACAGCGCUCAACGGGAUGUUGCCGAUAAUACCACGAGUGAGGAUUUUCUGAAAUGGAAUCUGGAGGAGCUGGAGAGGCGUCUCAUUUACGUCCAUGACAUUGGGGGUUCCCCGAAGACGACGUGGCACCACGACGACUCGGGCAAAACUUGGAUAUCAGAUCCCGAGUUCCUGGGGAACUUCUCGAACUCGGCUCGAGUAUGGACGUACGGCUUCAAUUCGGAGCCGGCGGUGAACAUGACCCCGUCCAGCAUCGCGCUCCACGCCAAUGAGCUUCUAUCGAUGAUGGUGACGGGGUACACCAUCAACGGCGGGGGAGGACCCACGAUCUUCAUAGCUCAUGGUCUUGGGGGUAUCAUCGUGAAAAAGGCCAUUCUCCUUGCCCUCAGCUGUCCGGAAUACUUCAGCAUCAGUAAUACUACUUUCGGCAUCGUUUUCCUGGAUACGGUCCACCACGGAUCGGAUUCCGAGGGAGUUCUUACAGCAGUCAAGACGAUUGCGGCCCUGGCUCUUCAAAAGGGUUCCUUGAAGCCCUCCUGGGAGGAUACUAGGCAGUAUUCGGACGCAGUGCGAGAAGUUAACGUUGCAUUCAUCGACAGGCUACCAUCUGGGCUCGAGAUUCUCAACUUCGUCGCGACAAGACGUGUUGAGUUGCCUGUCGAGGGCGCCGAACCCCACAAAGCACUAGGCAUUGGUGGAUACGUCAAAGAGACUGUUUCUUCCGCCGCCUCCGCCUGGACUAAGGAGGGCCCCGGGUCCCAUGCCGCCACCGCCGGACCCAGGCCAGGUCCACCGGUUGGCCGUCCGCCGAUGAUGGCACCGCCAAUGCGUGACCUCGGCGGCGGCUCCUAUCAGAUUUGGCUCAGGAAGAAGAGUACUGACUACUUGAAGGAGCGUCGAGACCGCCUCGUCAGCCAACUCGGCGAUUGGAGCGACGUACAUUUCGGACAUGACAUCAACCCGAUGCCCGAAACCUGCAAAUGGAUAGAAACCCAUCCUUACUUCGUCCAGUGGUCCAAGUCCAAUGCUACUGAGGACUUCUUCGUCUACGGGCCCGCCGGCUGCGGCAAGACGCACCUGGCCAAGUCCGUCGUGAACCAUCUGUCCUGGGACGGCUCUCGACCGGUCGAGAACAUCGUGCUCCCGUUCUUUUGCAACGUGAGCGUCACGGGAAACAAGAGACCCCCGAUCAUGGAGCACUUCGUAAAAGCGAUGUUUCGAUUGCGACCGGUUUGGUUCGAGUUACUGGGAGCUCAGUCCCAACACCCGGACGAUGAAGGGAGGCCCAGCUUGGCAUUUCUGUUCGACAUUAUCCGCCAGCUCAUGACGAAGCUGCAGCUGAAUUUCGGGUCGACCAAGACGACGAACGUAUUUCUAAUCAUAGACGGGAUCAAUGAAUGCGAAGCAGCCUUUGUGAGGGAGUUUCUUCAACUCGUGGCCAGUCUGGUGGAACAUCCGGGAGCUCGAGCCACGCCGCCGGUGCCUCCGCUGACGACGGUACCCCCUUUGCCGCCGAAUCAGUUGUAUCCGCGAGAGACUGUCAGAUUCAAGUUCUUCUUCACGUACACUCCGAACGAAGUAAUGUCUCUUGCGUCUGUCCGAGCUACCCGAAUCAAGAUGAAAGACGAGGAUAUCAGGAAAUCCAUCAGCACAUACGUCGACAAGACAAUGGAAGACUUGUGUACGGUGAAGUCGACGAAAGACCCACGGGAAGAAGUAGGGCCGUGGAUCAAGGAGAACGCGGGGUCGUUCUUUCUCUUCGCUCACUGCGCAAUGGAGGAUGGGAUAGCCACGGCCAAGGAGCAUGAGUACGGAUAUUCCAUGAGCAGACGAGCUUUUCCCUGCCCGCGAAAGUUGGCAGAGUAUUACGACCACGAUCUUCUUCCUCUUUUCCAGAGCGUCGAUAACGGGAAUUACGCUCUGUCGGCGCUGCAAGUCAUUCUAGGCACGUUUACCCCCGUCAGCGGCCUGAUGAUCCGCGACGCUCUUUCUUGCCUCCACCACGACCCACGGCUCAAGUUCAUCGACAUCCAGACGAUCUUGACGCACCGCUGUGCUCGGCUCGUGAAGGUGUCGGACGCGUACGAGGUCUCCCCGAUUCACCCAUCGCUCGGGAUCCACUUCGCUUCCUACAUCAGCAAGGAGGAGCAGCACGCCAACAUGGCGUCGCUGUGCAUCAAGUAUCUCUCGCAGCCGGUGUUCGAAGGGGGCUUCGGAGCCGUGGAGAGAGCCAGAGAACACCUGUUCUAUAAGUACGCGGCAAACAGUUGGCGGGGGCAUCUGAGGUUCUCGAAAGACAAAAGGAUGAAGCUGCUGCCUCAGCUGCGUCGCUUUUUCAACUCCAAGUCUUACUGGGUCUGGUGUCGUUACAUGCAGAACUUCUUCGACUCGCCGAAAUCUGUGAUUUCCCUGGUCAUCGCCCUGAUCCCGGCCAACGCCGCCGACAUCGUUCAUCUCGUCGACCAGAGCAUCAUCAUGGACGACCCGGAGACGUAUCCCUGGCAAACCGGCGUGUGGGGGUUCUUCUGGCGACUCAAACAGAACGCGUGGCGGAGAUUCCCAGAGGUUGCGCAGUUUGCGGAUUCCUUCAGAGAGAGGCAUUAUCACAUGGCUUGGGAUCCCCAUGGCCUCACGCCCUUGAUGCAUGCAGCGAAGGAUCCUCGCGGGCUGCCGGACAUGGUCAAUCACUUUCUCCAAUGGCCAGAACUAAUCAACCGCAGAGAUCCCGCCAUAGGCGCGACGGCGAUGAUGUUCUUCAGUAGGUAUACCGAAUCCACGGAUGGGGAGUUCAUAGCGGACAUGAUCGACGGCUUCGUAAACGCUGGAGCGGACGUCGACAUGUCGACCUUCCUAGGCGAGACCUGUCUUUGGUUGGCAUGUAAGAGCGGCAACUUGGUUCUAGUCAACGAGCUUCUGCGCGUCAAAGCGAAUCCGAACAUCGCGACCGUGGAUGGCUCGACUCCCAUCCACCAAGCACUCACCAGGUGGACUCCGAAAUCGCACAAGAUCAUCCAGGAUCUGGUUCUCCAUGGCGCCGAUCUCAACAUCAAGUUUCCGUCCCCGGAGCUACAUAUCCCGCUGACGUCUGCCAUCGUCGGCAUGCGUUUCGAGACGUUUCUGUUUCUCCUGCGAUUCCUCGACGACGUCAAUCAGAUCGACGACGGUGGGUAUGCUGCCAUUCACCUAUUGGUACAGCCUAAAUACUUGGACUGGCUACCACAUCUGCUCGAGCGGCCGGACCUGGACCUUGAACUUCUCACAGACUCAAAGUCCAAGAACGGCGCGUCCAUCCGCCAGACGGCGCUUUCUUUCGCCAUUGUAGGGAACAGUUUCAAAGCCGCCGAGAUGCUCCUGCGCGCCGGCGCGAGACCGUACCGCCACCCGAAUGCGACAGACAGAACGCCGCUCUAUAUCGAUGCGGACUUUGCCAAGAUGGGUGGAGAUGAUUCAAGCGAGAAUAACGAGAAUAGAUCGAGUAAUCUGGAUAUAGCAAAGCUACUGCUCUCAUACAACAGUCCCAUUAAUAUUCUGGAUCCUAAGAAGAAAUUUUACUCGAGAUCACCACUGACCAGGGCGGUCGACAAAGGAAACUACGCAAUGGUCGAGCUCUUGCUGAGCCAUGGGGCAGAUCCCACCCUUGAAGAAGCGUAUGGCCUGCCCGGACCCCUCGGAGCGGCCGUGGCAAAAGGAAACAUUGGUAUCAUCAAGCUGCUACUCGAAAACAGUUUGCCGCCGAAUAUCAAUUACAUCGCUACAGGCUUCGACCACAUUCUAAACGAAGCAGCCGCGCAAAGUCCCGAGCUUGUGACGUUGCUCUUGGACCGCGGCGCUGAUACAAAACGGUUUCUUUCUCCAGGAGAUGCGAGAACACCCCUGCAGUCAGCGGUCAUGGAGAACAACGUGCCGCUUUGCAAGCUGUUUAUUGAACGCGAGCCGGAGCUGGUCAAUUACCAAAACCAGAAGGGACUGGUGUGUGAAACACCGCUCGUAAUUGCUGCGAGAGAGGGUAAUCUCGAGAUCGUCAACUGCCUCCUUGAUGCGGGUGCCGACCCUGAUCUACGAUCAUUCCACUACAACGAAACUCCCCUCUGGUCGGCUUGCUUGGAAGGAAAACUCGAGAUUGCGAAGCUCCUCUACGAGAAGGCACCCGAGACCAUUAACACCCCCUCCUACGACGGCGAAACACCGCUCAUGAAAGCCUGCGAGUCCGGAUCCCUCCAACUCGUCACCUUCCUCCUCGAAAAAGGCGCGGACUUCAGACCGCGGUGCUCAUCAUGCGCCUCUUGCGUCGCGAAAGCCCUCACGCGCGACAGCGGCGCGCCUCCGUUCAAGAUCAUAGAGGCGCUGAUUCAGCACGGUCUUGGCGUGGACGAUGUCGUCAGCUCGGUCGGAUAUACCGUGCUCGGGGAAGCGUGCCGGAUCGGGGAUGUGCCGACUGUGCGGCUUUUGUUGGACAUGGGCGCGGAUCCGGUCAAAGGACAGAAAGCGCCGGGCAAGACCGCGUUUGAGAGUUGCUGGAGGAGCGCUCUGCAAGUCGCCGUGUAUCAUGAGGAGGUCAAGGUUCUCGACGUCUUGUUGGAGCAUCUCAGACUGGCUGACUUUAUCGGACACGUUGAUUUCUACGGAGAGACGGUUUUGCAUACGAACAUUCCGUCCGACUCGGCUUCACGGAUGGCGACAAAGAUCCUUGGCGCGUGCGACAAGCUGAGACCAAAAGACGGACCGGACGUCUUCAGGACGAUGAUGGAGGUCGAAAGCCUCAAAGAGUUGACGCCGCUGGACCUUGCACUGGGGGGUCUUCACAAGGAGUUGAGCGCCCAGGGCCGAGCGAAGGUGGACGAAGUCAUUCUUCGGUGCGUGUUGGAGUUGCUGGCUUCGGAGAUAACGCUUGACGAACACUUCCACGUCAUCCGAGACUUGUCCCGUCUGCUCCUCAUCCGCGGCGGAUACGACGAGGAGGCCGUGCGACUGACGCAGUCGUUUAUUGUGGAUGCAUGGGUCAGAGAGAAAGACGGAGAAUUCGAGGAAACGGUGUUCUGCGAGUACUUCUGCGACGAAUGCGGCAAAGAGGAGGACGAGAAGCUGUAUUUCUGUCGAUUCUGCGUUUGGAACACGGGACGGUGUUGUUUCAAGGACUACAGAGGGGUGCAUCGACUGAUCGAGGUUCCCGUGGUCAUGGAACGCAAAAUUCUGAACCUCCGUUCCGCGGAGUUCAUCGAGGUUCUCGGUUUCCUGCAGGAAGGUUUCACCAUACACGAGACUGAUGCGGUGGAGGGAGAUUUAGGCGAGGUCAUCGAGGUGGAAGCAGACUCGGAUGAGACGACUCUGUCGCUCGCCUUUCUGCAUGCUUUGGGAUACCUUGAGUUCCGUCGUCGAGCGUGGAGUCCAUACCUGUCUCUAGCGCCGAGGGUCUACAAGCGAAUCGACGCAUGGGAUUUUUUGAUGGCAAGAGAGAGAAAGGGGUUCCAAGAGUGGGUUUGGCAGACCGAGUUGCAGCCGUGGAGGUUGAAGAGUGAGCUGAGGUAUUUUCUGGAGUCCGGAAGAAGAACUGCAUACAAGGACGUCGAGACCACGAUGGCUGAAGAGAUUUUGAGGGAUCUGUCCGCCCGGAAUGGCGGAACCGACCCCACACCCGCUGGUUCCUCUCCGGUCUCGGAGGCGGCCGCUCAGCCACCGCGUCCCGCCCCUGAAGUGGCGGAAGCGGCGGAGGUGGAGGUUGAGGUCAAUCACGACGACAUCGAGUCUUCGUUCAGCGAUGAGACUUCCAAGACCAGCACUCCUCUGGCUUCCUUCCAUCACGUCCAACCAGGCUUGGUCGAGUUCCAGGAGUCGUCCAAUACGCUGUACUUGAAGCGCAGCUCGCUGAAGCCCGAAAACGCCAUGAUCAAGAUGAUAGACAGGCUCGUGGAGGCGUGGGAGAAGAUUGGUCUUACGAUGGGUCCUGUGUCGUCCAUGAAACGCUGGCCCAAAGAUGAGAGGUUGAAGCGGAUGGGGUCUCUGAUGGGUGUCAAUCACUUGGACGGGCUGGGGGCUUUCGCAGCGGCGCUCUUCAAGGUUGUUCUGGGCUGGCCGAAGAUCGAGGUCACCGUGCUCAACGCCGGGAUGUCAGCUACAGUUCGGAAGAGAGGCGCUCAUCCCAUCUUCGAUUUCGUCAUUGUCACUGGCCAGAAGCCCAAAUAA